AUGGACGCCAAGAAGCCUUACGUAGUAGCAAUCAUCAUACAAGUCAUUUACACCGGUAUGUUCGUCAUCCUCAAGGCGGCCUUCAACCAGGGGUUUAACACCUUCGUCUUCACCUUCUACUGCCAGUUAGCGGCAACAGUCUUGCUUCUGCCUAUUGCCAUUUUUCGUGAAAGGAAAAAUAUGUGUUCUAUGUCGUUUGGAUUGCUCUUGAAGCUUUUCUUAUGUGCCUUAAUCGGAAACACAUGUGCCAUAAAUCUAUUGAAUUUAGCACUAAGGUUCACAUCAGCAACUGUGCAAACAGCAAUUAGCAACUCCAAACCUGUCACCAUCUUCUGCUUAGCCUUGUUGUUAAGGAUGGAGGUGGUAAAACUGAAAAGCGCAUAUGGAAUAGCCAAGUUAACCGGUGUAGCGCUCUGCCUCGCAGGAAUUUUCCUCAUCGCCUUCUUUGCUGGGCCAUCAUUAAGCCCUGUAAACCAUCACCAUGCAUUCCACAGUGGUCAGACUUCCUCAGUUCCUGCGGGGCAGGUGACAUGGAUCAAGGGGACAUUCCUCAAGCUCCUGGGUGACAUGAUAUGGUCUCUGUGGAUCAUCUUGCAGACUGCCCUGUUGAAGGAGUACCCCAACAAGAUGCUUGUAACUGUAACACAGUCCGUUUUCAGCACAGUGCAGUUGUUCGUAGUGGCAGUCGUGGCCGAAAGGGACAUCUCACAGUGGAAGCUCGGGCUAGACAUCAGCUUGCUCGCCGUUCUAUACACUGGAUUUGUAGUUGCUGGGGUGUGCAACUACCUCCAAGUAUGGUGCGUGGAAAUGAAAGGUCCCGUCUUCCUCGCGAUGUGGUUUCCCCUCUGCUUCGUCUUGACAAUCUUCUGCUCCUCAUUCUUCCUGGGGGAGAUUGUUCAUCUUGGAAGCAUUUUGGGCGGAAUCCUCCUUAUUGGAGGACUUUACAGUGUGUUGUGGGCUAAAAGCAAGGAGGCUAUGAUUGAACCAUGUAGCGAGGUUAACCCGAUGAAGAACGCGAAAGACGAGAAAGAGCAGAAGAAACCUGAGGUAGAUCAGGAGGAUGGUAGGGAAAAACAUGAUGAAGAAACAUCAGCAUAUAAGGUUGAACAAGUGUGAUCCAUUGGUCCGCUCAUCAAGGCUAGCUUGUGCUCUUGCACAUUAGACCAGACAUGGAUCAACGUAUAUAACGCAUGUCCUGGUCAGGAGACUCUCGGAAUGUUGCUUAUUUAGCAAAGACUUGUUCUACUUGUUAGUUAACUAAUUAGAAGGCUUAAC